CAGCACGAAAUGUCGUCUGGAAUUCUACGAGGAGGCGAUUCUCAAUCCUCCGAACUACGUAGCGAAGAUAAACUUAUUGAUGGCAGUUCAAUCGAAGGAACCAUAUAUCGUGGAACAAUUACAUUUAGGGCUAGCCAACAAGUUAAUGUGGCGUGGAAAAGUUUGCAGUUUUCCUGUACAAGUACGAAAAAUGGCGGCUUCCUACGAAUUUGUGUUGACUUUCGCCACGUCAAUAAUUGGUAUAACACAGCGAAGGGUUAUAUACACGCCAAAAGUAUGCCGAAAGCUCAACUCUCUAGCGAACGGAAUGAUAAAGCAAUGCAACCUCACCGCGGUGGAUUCCAACUAUGGAAGUGCCAUUGUCACGGUACAACAAGGAAACGCAUCCGUUUGGGAGGUACAGCAGCAACUUAUGGUACAAAUGAAUAA